UUCAUUCUUCAUUCAUUUUACACAAAAUCAAGGUAUGUCACACAACACAAAGAAAACCUUAAUCUUCUCAUACGGCACACUCAAACGAGGUUUCCCUAAUCACACAUUAAUCCAAGACUUAAUCACCCAGAACGACGCCGUUUUCAUCGGUUCAUAUAUCACCGAUCAAACCCUUCCAUUAGUCCAAGGCCCAUACGGUGUCCCUUUCUUACUCGACUUUCCCGGGUCCAGUCAACACCGGGUCCGGGGCGAACUCUACUCUGUAUCUGACACGGGUCUUGAAAAACUAAAUGAUCUUGAAGGCAUUACGCUUGGACAUUACGAGAGACUUCUGAUUUCUUUGAGGUCAGAGAACGAUGAGGUGGAGGCCGAGGCGUAUUAUGGUCACCGGAGUUUUGCGGCGGAGAUGUGGCGGAAAUGUGGUGAGAAGGGGUUUGAUGCUUAUACUCAAGAAAUGGCUAAAGAUUAUGUGAAGAGGGAUUUGAGACCCAAAGAUAGGAGUUUUCGAGAUUAUAUUAAUUUCUUUUGUACAUCAAAUUAA